CUAUUAUUGGCAACAUUGAUUGAUAUUUGUCAAAAUAAUUCAGUCAAACAAACGAACAUGGAUUCUUUGGCUGCAAAGCCUGAGAAGUUUACUGUGUAUAGUAGAAAUGAAUACGAUAAAAUAAUAUCAAAUAGUCUCAGAAACAUGUCAGAUAAUAGUAGUAAUAUUGUCCAUAAGUUAUUUAAUAGAGAGACAUAUGGUGGAACAUCAAGGAAAAGCAAUGAUAGGGGUCGCAGAGUGUUUGAGAGGAUCCCGCCGCGACUGAGGUUCUGCCUGAUGGACAUAGUGCCCCUGUCAUACCUGACAGAGCAUGUGUUCAUGGGCUUCUCCCAAUGCGGGCAGUUCCUUCUCAGCUUCACUUACAGCUGUAACACACAACUGUACUUCAGAGAGAGUUCUAAGUUCACCCUACACUUUCUGUCAUGGGUGCCUGGCCGCAUAGUGCGUCCGGUUCACAGCGUGCCGUUGUUCGGAGACGAUUGUGUGGACAGCAAAGUGACUAUAUCGAUGGCGCAGUGGAAACACAACCCCGACGUCAUAGUUGUAUAUGGAAUUGCAGAUUCCUGUUCAGAACGGUCCUACCUCAGUGUUAUCGGAGUACCUCGCUUAGGGUGUAAGAGAUGCACAAGUUUUUCUAGAGAUGAAGAUGACCUAGUUUGGGGCCAACGAUGCCUCCAACACAACUUCGCAAUACACACAAAAUUCUUCUGCACGUCCGACUCCAGUAUGUACGAACCAGUAGUACAGCUAGCCUACUCUAAUCAAAUCAUUAUUUACACUGACUUCAUCCACAUACUUGAGAUAGAUUUCGUAGAACCCGACCAAGAGAAAGCUGAAAGCCAAGCGGAAGACACGAAGAACUUUUUAGAAAGGGAGGAAGUCAAUUCUAUUGAUACGAAUCCUGGCACCCCGGCGUCAGACGUGUCUGCACCAUUUCAGUCCCCAAAAUAUCAGAACAACGUCGUUCAGAAUAUCCUAGCUGAUUUCUCAGAAUUCGAAAUGGAGCCCUAUCAAAUGUCUAAACCUGUGCGGUUGCCUGAUGUUAUGGGACAAGAGCUAUGUAUUCAGGCCUCCUCCAUCUCCCAUAACUUGGUAGAGGAAUGGGAGGGACCCUCGCCCUCCAUCAGGACACUCAUCAGCCCUCCACUGCGGUCUCCAAGGCGACGGCCGGCAGAAAGCAUGUCACGGUUCAACGAAACGCAUAGAAUAAUAGCGGAGAAAGCUUACGAAUUCGUAGAAGAAGCAGAGACGAAAUGUGAGAAACUGAGUAUGUUUAGGAAACGACGAUUAGCUGAUAAAAAGUACGAAUUCUCUGAGGACAACAACGAAAACAUUGUCCCGUUCAGGGUGUUAAGGAGUAACAGGAAAUAUUUCGUAGGUUCGACAAGUAAGAGUCAGAUGAAGCGUGCCAAGUCGCCCACUGGGGAGAGCGUGGUACUGAGAGCUCACAACCAGAUCAAUAGGGCGCCCUCGCCGACUACUAGUUCAGAGUUAAAGAACCCUGGGCUCUCGACGCUGGAGUCCGACCACAACAGCGAGUCCGAGUACCGGGUCACGGAGAUGUUAGACGACGGCUCUCUAAAAACUGUCGCUGUGCACGAUAAUACCUCGAAGACUCUCUCGGAUUGUCCUGUCAACGAACAAGACCCGUAUCUAGUGCACUCUGGCAACUCGAAAUGUAGCAAAUUCUUCACGCGUUUCUUCGUGGAGAGCGACGAUGAGAUAACUUCUAUCAUUACGGACUCAGAAGAUGACUGCAUCUCAGGUUACCACGUGGCUUUACCGCUAUCAGCGCAUGGGGCCGGCUACAUAGGCCUUCAAGGGAUUGGGGCGGGUGCCUGGGACCGCCUGUGCGGGGCAGGCCCUCCAUUACCACCCCUAACUCUACGAGCCCACCAGCGGUCCCUAGACACGGAAUUACUAUGCAAUGAAGUCUGUGGCCGACUCUGUAAUAUAAAUAAGAAAAAGUUUAUAUACUGCUUCGAUUGGGGCUGUCAUGUCAUCGAUGUUUGUCAGUCCAGCGGCUGCUUGUCUGGGUUGUGUGCGAUGUGGAUGUGGGCGAGUGACGACAACGGCGCCAUGGCGGAGUGCGAGGCUUGCAAGGACGUCAGUGCCGGGUGCCUUAUACACCGCCAACAGUACGCUGCUGAGUGUUUAUUCGUGUGGGACCUUGUGAGUGGUGUGUACAGGACUGAGAGAGUUUCCAUGACAGAAGACUCCAGCCAGGAGGGAAGCAGAGUUUCAGGUGCAGAUCGCGCUCGGGAGCUAGCCAAGAAGCUUGGGCCGAUCAACAUGCCGCCCGGCAAUGAGAAUAGGUUGCUAACUACGCUGACAGAUAUAUGUAUUGUUUCAGGGCGGUCGCUCAAAAGACUGACCGAUGUGGACAACUGCAUCGAAAUCACAAAGAAUCAUCCUGACAGCUCGGAAUCUGAGUCAUCCGCAGAGGAAGAUAGUGACUACGACUGAUUAUAUUCUAGAAACAUCUAUAAUGCAUAAUUUUAACCUCUAAAGUGAAUUUACGAGGUUCUUAUGGACUACUGUGCUAUGGACACGGAGAAGUAACUAUGUGGAAUGCUAAUGCACAUAAUAGUACUGAAUGACGUAUUUAUGCCUUUGUUUAAAUUUCAGCAUGGUCCUUUUACUUAUUGUUUUUGUGUAGAUAUUCUAAUUUGCGAUGCUCAUAGCUCAGAAAUGUUGCUCUCAAUAUUUAUAUUUUUCUACAGCAUCCACAUUCAUGUUAAAAAUAUUAGUUCAUAUUUUAUAAUACAGUUUUUAUGUCGGAUUA